AUGACUUCCACUGUUCUUCCCACAACGACCCUGGCCACUCUCGUCCAGCCCACCAUCCAAUCUUCUCAGGUCAAGGAUGCCGAGGCCAAGACUUCUCCGGGCAACCCUAUCACCGCGCAAGAAGCGAAGUCCGGGGCUGUUUCUACCACCGCUUCUACUGCGGCGACUGCUGUUCAGACGGCUUCGUGUGAGACUUUCAUCGGCCUGGGCACUCGCUAUGGCCUGUCUGACGGCUGCGCCGAGGAAAACUGCUGGCAGAAUGGAGCCUGCUCCUUCGUGGGCUACGAGCUGCCCGCCGGCCUCGAUGGAUCAACUUGCGUGUCGGACGACAUCUGGAACAACGGUGCCAACUGCGGUGGCUGCAUCUCGGUGACUUACAAAGGCAAGACCCUCAAGAUAAUGGUCACCAACCGAACCGGCGGUAACGCGACCCACCUGGACAUGACCCCCGAUACCUGGUCCAAGUUGACCAACGGAUACUCUGGCGGCGCUGUUGACGGCAUCGAGUGGGAGUGGAUCGCCUGCCCUCUCCCCGAGUCUUCUCCUCUCCAGGUUCACAUGCACAAGGGCGCCUCUCAGUACUGGUUCGCGGCCACGAUCGAGAACGCUACACUCAGAAACAAGAAGGUCGAGGUUAGCAGCGACGAGGGUGCGACUUGGAAGGCUGCUACGCUCCACAACCCCAACAUGUGGGAGCUUACUGGCACUCUCCCCAGCGCUACGGCCUGGGUCCGUGUCACUAGCAUCAACGGCGAUGAGGUUAUCGUCAAAGAUGUGGCUCUUGCAUCUGGAAAGGUUACCAAAGCCACCGAUAACUACUAA